AUGAAGUCUUUUGUUAUUUUCUUCACCGUGGCCAUCUGCUGCAUCUACGCAGGAGAGUUGACUAUUGUUAACCAAUGCACUGACCCGGUUACUGUAGUCAAGACCGUCCCUGGAGGUGCCCAAACAACACAAUGUCAACUGGCCGUAGGAGAAUCUUGUGUCCAAAACUACACAACUGGAGUCAUGAACUUCCGUCACAACUAUGGAUCGGGCCAUACCAUCGCUGAGUUUUCUUUCGGUAACUCUGAUGGAAAUGACAACUACGACUUGAAUGUGAUCGAAGGAUUUGAUAUUGGAAUGCAGAUAAUUCCAGAAGAUGGAGGUCACGUAGCUGAAUGUGCUACUGCGUAAGUCAUUCUACUAUUACUUAGGGUAUUUUAGUAAUUGUACCGACGCCUACCACAGUUCUUCUGACAAUCACACUUAUGGUGUUCCAUCUGGUUCUCCUUUCACUUUGAACUUAUGCCAAUUUGACAAUGUGGACUCUUCUUCCGCUGCUUCUGCUCCAGCCACUACCCUGACCAUCAACAACCAAUGCACGGACCCAGUUACCGUAGUAAAGACUGUCACUGGAGGUGCUCAGACCGUUCAAUGUCAAUUGGCUGUUGGAGAAUCUUGCUCUCAAACCUACACUACUGGUGUCAUGAACUUCCGUCACAACUAUGGAUCUGGUCAUACAAUUGCCGAGUUCUCCUUUGGUAACUCUAAUGGUAACAGCAACUACGAUCUCAAUGUUAUCGAAGGAUUUGACAUUGGAAUGCAGAUUAUUCCUGAAGAUGGAGGUCAUGUCGCUGAAUGUGCUACUGCGUAAGUAACAACAUUAUAGCAAUGUGAUUAUUUUUAUUGUAAUAUGUUGGUUUUUAUUGUAAUUUUUGGUGGCCUAGCUAAUAAAAUGAGUUUAGUGACUGCACCGAUGCCUAUCACAGCUCUUCUGACAACCACACUUAUGGAGUUCCUGCUGGAAAUCCAUUCACCUUGAACUUGUGUCAAUUUGAUGCUGUUUCUGGUACUACCACAAGCGCCUAAUUGGUCAUAACUACAAAAACAUAAAGCCAAAAAUCUUAAUUUAUUCUUUUUUAAUAAUGAAGAGUUAAUAAUAGUAAUAUAAUAAACGCUGGCAGUUUUAAUAUUUUGGUAUUUUUAAAUGUAGAUGUUGUGAACCAAACUAGUUUAAAAGUUAAAGACGAAAGUAAAUUUAAAUAAAAGUGCGUUCAAGAUUAAAGCUGAUAAAAAUGGAAACAUUUUUAGGUGACUUUAACAUGACACCGGAUCGUCAUUUGGGCGCAGCUCAUGUCUUCGCCGGUUUAAAACCAGAUCUUCUGAUCACAGAAACCACUUAUGCCAGUACGAUUCGAGACUCGAAAAGGGCCAGAGAACGUGAUUUUCUACAAAAAAUUAGUGAUACCGUAUUCGAUGGAGGCAAAGUCCUCAUUCCAGUGUUUGCUUUGGGUCGCGUACAGGAGUUGUGUAUUUUAUUAGAGUCAUACUGGGAGAGGUUGGGACUGAAAGUACCAAUCUAUUGUUCUGCUGGUCUUGCUGAUAGAGCGACGAAAUAUUAUCGGCUGUUUAUUGGCUGGACUAACGAGAAAAUCAAGAAAAACUUUGUUCAAAGGAACAUGUUUGAUUUUAAGGUAAGUUACUGUAGAUUUGGAAGAGUUUUUUUGUAUAAUGUGCUUGACUGUUGCUAAAAUGUUUAGCGUACAUGCUUUGGCAAGAUUUCUACUUAUUUUAUGGUAAGAUAAUGUCUUUUUCCUACAUAGUAUUUCAAUUACAGCACAUUUCCCCACUGGAUCCAUCGUAUGUUGACGCUCCGGGACCAAUGGUCGUUUUUUCAACGCCUGGUAUGUUGCACGGAGGACAGUCGUUGAGAAUCUUCAAGAAGUGGUGUGGCGAUGAAAAGAAUUUGAUUAUCAUGCCUGGCUACUGUACUGCUGGUACGGUAGGAGCGAAAGUUAUUGCUGGAGCCAAAAAAGUCAUGAUCGAUCAGAAGGAGGUAGGAUCUUGGAUUUUAUUGAAACUGUUCACUUUCUCAGUACAAAACUUUGGGCUUGUGGGUAUGGGCAAGAAAUAUGAUUGCUUUUGACAUUAUCUUACUUUUUUUCAAUUUUUAUUUAUAAAAUACGAAAGAAUUAGUGGAUUUAUGUUUUGAUUACUAUAUGCCACUUUUUAUCGUUAUAUGAAGUAAUAUUGUAAAUUUUCAGUACGAUGUCAACAUGCGAGUAGAAUACAUGUCGUUCUCUGCCCACGCCGAUGCGAAAGGUAUUAUGUUGUUGAUCAGAGACGUGGAACCAGCCAAUGUUAUUUUUGUUCAUGGAGAAGAAUCAAAAAUGGAGUUUUUGAAAGGAAAAGUGGAAAAGGUAAGAUUGCACUGUCAUACCUGUAAUAUAACUUAUUUUUUGGUUAUUAUUAUGGUUUUUUCAUAAGCUUAAAAUGACUUUUUCAGCAAUUCAAAAUCCCAGUCUUCAAGCCAGCGAACGGCGAGACAAUUGUCAUCAACACGCCGUUGAAAGUAUUCGUUGACAUUCCCACUUCUCUGAUUCAAAAGUCCAUGGAAAUUGUGGGACCAAAAGCGUCAAAGAAGUAUUGUCCAAUCCGAGGAUGUUUCAUAAUGGAUAAUGAUACGAAAAAGCUACAAUUCGUGUCACAAGAUGAAGCUGCCAACAAGUUGGGAGUAAAGCUUCAUAGUAUAACAUUCAGUGAAGUGUUUGAGAUGCCAAACAAUCUUAAUCUGAAACAAUUGGCUAUGAUCUUAAAGAAAUUUGAUCCUGAGCUUCAGGAGAAAACGGUAGGGGUGCUAAUAGGUGGAUAUUGUAGUAAGGGAAGAUUUUUUGUAUGGAGUUGGGUUGGUUUAUGUGGAGCUAAAAAUGUUUUACCAAAUGAAGGUAUGGGGCCAAGUUUACAGUAUAAUCAGUUUUCUAAUACUGAAUUAGUACGGGUUUGCCAGUACGAGCCUUUUACGGUGAGAAAGGACGUGGUUGACCUUUAUACCGAAAACUUGGUACUAACUAGUUCAAAAAACCUGAAUAAAAGUAUUGAAAUCUGACUUUUGUUUCAAAAUUUGACUUACAUUUCAAAAUUCUAGGACGGAAUUGACAUGUUUGACAGCGAAGUCCUAAUAGCAUCAGUACCAAAUGAACCACGACAAGUCGAGAUCAUAUGGGACGAUGAUCGCGAGAAUUGGCUGGACGUUUUGGUCGAUGAAAUCGGAGCUAAAAAGAUUGGCGAAGCCGGUGAAUUGGUCUAA